AUGAUGGGCAGGUAUGAUAGACAAGUUCUCUCCAUCGUGUUCAGCACUCUGCUGCUGGGGCGCGCUAUUGCUGCCCGAGGACACACAGAAGUCAGAGUGGAACUGCAGAUGGAGAGAUGGGCAACACGAGGUGGAUCUGUCCGGCUGCGUUGCGUUCACGACGUGCCUCCACAUCUUCUGGAUAAGGUCGUCUUCCUUCGCCACGGCACUAAAAUCUUUCAAUACAUAAGAGACAGAAAACCUCCCUACAGAAACUUCACCACUCCUGGUGCAGUGCUUAAUAUUGCGCUAGCCACCGAAAACUCCAUAAUCCUUCAAAAUUUGGACUUCGCUGCUAGCGGGAGCUACUCUUGCGAAGUGUCGCUUGACACGCCUAUCUACACAAAGGCAUCGACCGAGAAACAACUCACAGUUUUCCAUCCCCAAAAACAUCAUCCUCGUAUCGACUUCCCGACUCGGUACCUGAGUUUUGGCGAAACGUUAAAAGCGAAUUGCACAACCGCGCCUGCGCUCCCGGCCCCGCACAUCACAUGGUUUAUUAAUGGGAAAAAGAUGGAUGAACUGGCAGCACAUUCACAUAAGUUUCGUGUACCGAUGAGUGAGCGAAAUGGAAGAAGAGGCCUUCAAAGGGCGUUUGACCAAGAGUCUGAUCGUAGCUCCCCUCCCCCAAUUCUGGCCCUUACUCAUAUAUCUCAUGUCGCAACAAGACCUCCCGGCUGCAACAUCAAGGAACACCCCCACCAAAUAGAUUCCGUAUUAGAAAACGACGAAGUGAAUAUGGUUCUUGGAGUAAGCCGUCAUAGAAGUCGAAGGCCAAACCGCGGACGUGAUCUAUACAUCACUGUGUCUGAACUACAGCUAGUAGCAACUGGACGGCUGGAAGUAACGUGCGUCAGCACCAUACCCGAGUUUAGAAAUAUUGAAGACAAAUUCGCUGAUCUCAGGAAUGAUACAGUUAUAGUGGAUGUUAUAAGACCUUCAACGUACAUUCAACCCUCGACCAACGACACAACGACCGGUGCGAGUACAUCAGAAGCUACUACGUGGUUUACAUCAUUAUUUAUAAACUUUAUAAUUAUUUAUUUACAUAUAAUUUGUUAGCAGAUCAUUACAUAUGUUCAUUAAAAGGGGCUGUGAUAAUAUAUCUUAACACGAACUCUAGAACACGAUGUUAAGAAUGUUCACUAGACAUUGUUUGUGUCAAGUAUGGUAUAUAAUGACCAAGAUAAAUGAUACCAAGAAUGAUACCUAUGUUGACGAGCGUGAAUGAUUCUUACAU